AUGGCUGCCCUUGGAAGUCCAAGAUUCUAUGUCGUAGAUGCGAGAAUUCGGCGGCAAUUUGCACAGCUGUUUGACUUACACUUUGGCGAUGAGUCGGCCACCCCAAUUGAUCAAUAUCUUCGAGAUAUCUACAAAUUAGAUGUGCAACCGGCAAGCAAGAGGCCACGAGAUGAGGAAGACGAUUCAGCAGGGGACCUGCACAAACGACUGAAGGGGCAGACCAUUUUGGCUGGUAUGAAAACUAGGGGUCCAACAGGCUCCGGGACGAAGUUUCAGGCACGUCAGGAGCAAUUUAUUCUGGGACCAAGCACGACAGCUAGUGAGGUUAUACAGCGCCAUGCUUCUGUUUUGGCAGCUUCUAGCUCCUUUCUGAUGAAUGAUGCCUGUGUUCUGGUGGGGGUGGCUCAACAAGCCGGGCAGACAAAACAAGAAAAGUGUUACGGGGGGGAGUGGAAUGGCAGAGUUUGGUGGUGGGUGGUCAUAGGCAAAAAUGGAGAUUUCCAGUCCAUCAAAUCUUCUAAGUGA